AACGUGGCUGGCUCAAACUGCAUCAGGGACAGUACAUCAACACCUUGGCUGAGAAGUACUCUCUGCAGGAAGAACGGGAAGUGGUCACACCUUUGCCUUCCGAGUUCAAACUCAUAAAGGCAGCUGAAGGAGAAGGAGUUGAGAGUGAAGACCAGAGGCAAUUCCAAUCCAUGGUCGGGAACCUACUCUACGCUGCUGUGCAUACUCGGCCUGACAGCAGCUUUGCUGUGGGACAGCUGGCUCGAGUAGUGCAAAAUCCAACAGAAGAGCAGUGUGGUGCAGCGAAGAGAGUGGUGCGCUACCUCAAGUCAUACCCUACAGUGGGAGUACAGUAUUCAGCCUCUGCUCAACUCAGUCAAAAAAGAAUUGAAGUCCUCAAAGAGAAGGGGGAGCAGCUCGGAGAAGGAAAGGUGUUCCUUUCCUGUUUUGCUGAUGCCACGUGGGCUUCUGAGCAUGAGGAUUCAUCAUCAGUUGGUGGAUACAUCUGCAUGGUGGGAGGUGGGCCUGUAAGUUGGAGGUCCAAGAAGCAGUCUGAGACGGCACUAUCUUCAGUGGAAUCUGAGUACAUGGCGAUGUUUCAUGCGGCAAAAGAAAUCAUCUGGCUAAGGAGGCUCUUGAAGGAGAUCGGCCAUGAACAGACUUGUGCGACACCUCUGUUCAGUGAUAGCAAGGGAGCCAUUGCCAUGGCACGCAAUGCAGUUCUUCAUGGGUUGAACAAGCACAUGAGGAUCAUGUGGCAUUGGCUGCGGAAGGAGGUGAAGCUUGGGACACUGGAUCCGAUCUACGUGAAAACUCAGCAACAGCCAGCCGACUUCCUUACCAAGCGGCUAGCUGAAGAGCCACACUGGCGCUGUGCGAGGAUGGCGGGAAUGUCCUUGAACUAGAGACGGCGAAACAAGCCGACA